AGACCGAAGCAGCGUCAUCUAUCAGAUCUAUCCUAGAUCUGAAUAAAAUUGGUUUUUUUGUAGUAAAAUGUCUAUGAUAUUUCGGAGAAUUAUUAACAAGUUACAAGGAGUCAGCAGUCAAACAUUAAAAUAUUGCACAAUCGUAGAAAAUCAAACUAUCAAAGAUAUUACACCAAUUAUAUCAAAGAUACAAUAUGAUGAUGAAACCAACGUUUAUCAGAAACCUCGACAAGUAUGGUUGGAAAAUUUAGAUACUGUAGAGGAGAAAAAAUUAGGUUUAAUUACUUUACAUCCACACAUCUAUGCGGCUGCACCUCGUAUCGAUAUCAUUCAUCAGAAUGUGAGAUGGCAAAAAAUGUACCGUUGGGUGUGUUAUGCACAUACGAAAACGCGCGCUGAAGUCAGAGGCGGUGGUAGGAAGCCUUGGCCACAGAAAGGCACAGGUCGAGCUCGCCACGGAAGUAUACGUUCACCGCUAUGGAGAGGUGGUGGAAUAGCACAUGGUCCUCGUUCUCCCACAACACAUUUUUACAUGUUGCCAUUUUAUACUCGAGUAGCAGGUCUUACAUCGACGCUCUCCGUGAAACUUGCGCAAGAUGAUCUGCAUAUAGUUAACGAACUAGAAAUUCCAACAUCUGAACCCUCUUACAUAGAGCAAUUAAUAGAGAAGAGAAAUUGGGGGCCAUCGGUUCUUUUUGUGGAUAGUUACGAUAUUAUGCCUACAAAUAUCACGCUAGCUACCGAUGAAAUUAAGCAUGUUAAUCUGAUGCCUGUUUAUGGUCUAAAUGUGUACAGUAUGCUGAAACACAAUACUCUGGUACUUACAGAGAAAGCAGCCAGAUUAAUAGAAGAAAAAUUGCUUUAUCAAUUACAUAGAACGGAUGUUAAAGAAUUAUCACGUCCAUUCAAACUUAAUCAACAAUAAAAAACUGUUUUUAAAAA